UCGGUCUGCAAACUGUCUGUCAUUAAGUGUCAUCUGAUAUAUAUUUUUAUUUUAUUUACAGAUACGAUUACGAUGUUCGGAUGUUAUUUUUAAGAGGAAAAGUAUUAAAAUGAGUAUACAUAGCUGAAAUAUUGCGAGAAGACAAAACAAAUAAACGCUAAAAGUGAUAAUUGAACGUAAACUAUGUCAAAACAAUAUUAUAUUACGCUGACGCUUUUAUUGACGCCAAAUAUCUUGCUGUGUGCAACAGCGGCCGUGCACAGUCACAGCAUCGAUAAUACGGAGCGAGAAUCGGACGGCGCGUACCGGCCGAGAGACUAUGUGCACUAUAACGACGCCGGUCAUAACGUGGAGUUCGAUCACGAAGCGAUACUAGGUAGCGUCAGGGAGGCCGAGGAAUAUGACUCGCUCAGUCACGAGGAGGCGAAGCGGCGGUUCGCACUUUUACUGCCAAAAAUGGACCUCAAUGGUGAUUCCUAUGUCGACCAGUCUGAGCUUAAGAAGUGGAUCCUGAACUCUUUUGUAAAGUUAUCCCAAGAGGAAGCCGAGGAGCGCAUGUCAGAAACGGACAGUAACCAAGAUGGGAUAGUCACGUGGUCGGAGUAUAUCAAGGACGCUUUUGGUGUCAGCGCUGAGGAGGAACUCGACUCCGAGGAUAUCGGGGACACGGGCAUGCUGGUGCGCGAGGAGAAGGCCAUGUGGCGCGCCGCCGACGGCAACGGCGACGGCGCGCUCGACUUCGACGAGUUCGCGGUGUUCUCUAACCCCGAGGAGCACGAGUCGAUGCACGUCUUCCUCGUGAACCAGACGAUACGGGAGAAGGACCUCAACGGAGACGGACUCAUCAGCUUCCACGAGUACAUCGGAGACAGGGGCGCGCAGCGGGACCAGGAGUGGCUGAUAGCGGAGCGCGACAAGUUCGAGCACGAGCUGGACCGCGACCGCGACGGCCUGCUGGCGCCCGACGAGCUGCGGCGCUGGCUCGUGCCCGACAACGACGAGAUAGCGGAGGAGGAGGCGGAGCACCUGCUGGCGACGGCGGACGACGACGGCGACGCGCGGCUGUCGCACCGCGAGCUGCUCGCCCACCGCGCCGCGUUCGUGGGCGGCGGGCACGCGCCCGAGCGCUUCGACGACGAGCUGUAGGCGCGGCUGCGACCCCCCCCCCCCCUCUUGAUGUUUGUUCACUCGUAUCGCCGAUACACACAUGUACACAGACUUUUUCACGACCAACGUCUUCCGUUCCGUGUCUGUACUGAUACCCAAAACUAACGUCCGCUAGAUGUUAAUACGUCGAUGGAUCCAUUUUUUUUGUCUGUGUUUGUGCGUCCUCUUCGUACGAUGUUUAGGUGCGAAUCUAAGAUGUUAAAACUAGCACCGCAUCCGUUUCAAAUAUGCCUCUAUAAUACAUUAUUUUUAAAUAAUCUUUAGUGUCAGUCUGUUAUACUCGUUCAGCUAAACGAAUUAGAAAGGACCAAAUAUAGCUGUCUCAUUCUUAAGUGGAAGAGUGAAAAGGAUAGCAUGCAUCUUAGUUCGAUUCGAUCAAAAUUAAUCUAUAGGUUGGAUACUAAUAUGACAUCUAAAUAAAUACAACAGGAUCGCCAUCAACAAUAUAUCUUUAUAACAUUAAAAUAAUAUUCAAAACAUUUAUUUACACCCAACCUAUGUAUGUAUCUCUGUCUAACAUAAACGUAAAAGAGAGACAAAAAAUUGUCUAAUAUUAAUUACAUCAAUUUAAAAUCUCGUAUAUUAUAUAUAAUUAUUUAUUGAUAGUUUAUUUUUAUUAAACGAACCUCAAAUGUUCAUAAUAUUAUGAACUAUUCCGAUUUCACUGAGAUGCGCACACGCACAUUUUCAAUACUAUAAAUACCCACGCUACACGAAUGUUCCGGAGCCUAACUGCAGUCCGGCCAACUUAGUUUGCCCGGUAUACAAUUUCAACAUAUUUUAAAAGUAAUAUCGGAAUAGUUUUUAAAUAUAGUCUUGCCAUAUAUAUAUUAAAUAUAGUUAGGAUUUACAAAAAAAAUAGAGAAUUGUUAUCAGACUACUAUAAACCGUUCGCAGUACGUAUUCAAUUUUAUUUUAUCGAUUAUUAAGUGGAGUGAUUUCCGUGUAACUAAAUUAUUUGAUAAUUUUAUUUUACUAAACGUGCUCCUUAUACGGGAUUGUAAACAAUACCAAUCCAAAUAUCGACGUUAAAUAUUUUGAUACUGUAUCUAUAAAAUAUUGUAUCAAUUAAACAUGAUUAGCAUUUAGUUUUAUUAAUAUUUCGUUAGUAUUUCUAUUGUUUUUGUCUGUACUUAGAAGUUACUUAGAUGCUUUUGCGACUUAUUAAUGUCUGUUUUUAUGUUUCUAAGGUUUGUUUCUGUUGUGCUUAACUAAUAUUAACAUGUGAACAUUAAUUUUGACCGUAGCGCGCUAAUUUACUGGGCCGGAUUAUCCAUUAGGCAUUUCAGACUGCCUUGAUGCCCCACUGGUUGGGAGCCAGGCAGACGGACAAAAAUGUCUUUGUCAUAUAGGAAACAUCGUCAUUAUGAUUAGAAUUAAGUCGUUGUAGAAAAAGUAGAACCAUUUUACGAAGCUAGAAUGAGCACAGGCCCCUGAGAACUGCCUCGCCCGGGGACACCGAUAUGGUUAUUCCGGUCCCGUAACUUUAUUUCAUUUUCAACCAAAUCCACCCAACCGAUGAAGCCUGUGGAAUUGUGCACACACUCGGUGCAACAAUACAAACUAUUAUACAAUUUUUUUAUAAGUUUCGAAAUAAACGCUUUAUUAUAUAUAA